AUGCAUAUCCUCGGCGUCGCUCUGCCUGAACGCCACUUUGUCAAGCAUGCCUUGACGCACUUCUACGGGAUCGGGAAUGCCACCGCCGCCCGCCUCUGCGCGCGCGUGCAAGUCCACGACCGCUGCCGCGUGCGCAACCUGAACGAGACGCAGGUGACGGCGCUGACCGCGUUCCUCGCCUCGCCCUCGAACUCGCCCACCGUGCCCGCGCUGCCGCUCGCCGCGCCCGACUUCGCGCCCCCGCGGCUGGGCGCGAAGUUCACGCCGCCGCAGGUGCAGCCCCCGCCGGACAUGCUGCGGGAGAUCAAGCUGGAGACGGACCUGCGGAGGCAGGUGCGGGACAACAUCGCGCACCAGCGCAUGAUCGGCUCGUACGUCGGUCGGCGGCACGCGAUGCAGCUGCCCGUCCGCGGCCAGAACACCAAGUCGAACGCGAAGACGGCGAAGAAGCUCAACAGGGUCGAGCGCUGGGCGUAG